GCCCUCGGUAUUAUAGACACGUGUUUGAAAUUAUCAGGUAGAAUGUCUUGAUUCAUAGAACGCAUUGCGUCCUCAUAAAUUCUCUUGGUGGCAUGUCGCCAAGGUCUAGUCAUUCUAUUCCUCCCAAGAACCGAUACCAGUUGUAAUAAUUCUCAAUAAUGUUUCGGAGCUGCUUAUCUAUUUUUUUAAUCAUAUCUGGGGUUUUGUCGGCUGAUUCAACAAAAUUCAGAUGUGAUAGACUCAGUGAUGAUUACAAGUGCAGAUUAUCUUCCAUAACUCCUUACAGAUAUAUCGCUAAUUAUAACGACGAGGAAAUUAAAUUCAAAGAUUGUGAGCCGAAGAAAAUUUGGAUGAUGAUAAGACAUGGAACGAGAAAGCCAGGGAAAAAAGUACUGAGUACUUUGGGGGAAUUAGAGAAGAUUAGGGAGGCUGUGAUAAAUAAAUGUGAUUCUGGCCCUUGUGACCUUACGGUGGAUUUAUUGAAGAGGGUGAGGGAUUGGGAGCAUAAACUCAAGCCUGAGGAUGAGAUGAUUCUUGCUGGAGAAGGAGAGGACGAGUUGAUAGGGCUUGCGGAGAGAUUUCAAGCGAGGUUCCCCACGUUGAUGCCAGAGAAGUUCGAUAAUAAAACGUACAAAUUCAAAUUUACGCAGAAGCAGAGGACGGAGGAGAGUGCGAGGUACUUUGCCAUUGGAUUAUUUGGAAAAAAGGGGAGCAAACACGUCUGGUAUCCACCAUCAGAGGAGAGUGAUCCAAUAUUACGUUUCUACAAAGCCUGUGGUAAGUGGCAACAACAGGUGAAACGAAAUCCUGAGGCUUAUGAGGAGCAGGCUAAAUUCAAAAAGUCAGAUGUUGCCAAGAAAAUGGUGGAGGACGUGUCCAAUCGUGUGGGAAAAAAUAUCUCCUUCGAUGAUGUAAAACUGAUGGCGGAAAUCUGUGCCUUCGAGACUGCCUGGAAUCACAAUAACAACUCUCCCUGGUGUGAUCUACUGACGCCAGAAGAAUUCCAAAUAGUGGAAUUCGCGAAGGAUUUAAAAUACUUCUGGAUCGAUGGAUAUGGAUUUCCUCUCACAGCUCAGCACGCCUGCACUGCUCUCAAGGAUAUGUUCGAAUUUUUCGAUCUCGAUAGCGAUGCGACAACAACUGCUUACUUCAGCCACUCAGGAACACUCUUGAAGAUCCUCUCAUUGCUCGAGGUAUCAAAGGAUAACGAACCGAUGAGACACCAUCAAUUCCCCUCUGACGACAGAUUGUGGAGGACUUCCUUCAUCGACUCUUUCGCUACAAACGUAGCAUUUAUUUCCUUCGACUGUAAAAAUACUGGAAGAAAUAUUCUCGUGAUGCAUCAAGAACGCGUAAUCAAUCUCCCUGGAUGCCCAGAGGGUCUGCCCUGUCCGUUAUCAACGAUGAAAGAUAAAUAUCCAGAUAACGAUGACGAAUGCCCAUUCCUGGAAAUGUGCAGGACUGACACCAGGAAAUGAAACAAUAAUCACUCAACUCAUUUUGAUGAAUCUCAAGUAGAUCUGAUCCUUGAAAUAAUAAGAUAAUCCGUAGAACUCGCGAAUUGAUAAUUAAGAGAGAUAGAUUGGAGUUGUAAUUAAAACGAGAUUGAAAAUAAAGAGAUAUCAUUGAUGAA